AUGAAGACCUCCACCUUCAUCACCGCCAGCCUCAUGCUCGCCGCCACAUCAGCCAUCCCCGCCGUAGCCGACGCCAACUCCGUUUCAAUCGUCCAGAAGAUUGCACCAAAAUCCAAUGCCUGCGCGGGUGUAGAAUUCCCAGACGAAUGCGCUACAUCUGACCAAGCCACAAGUGCUCUCAUCCAAUCCUUCAUUGAAUACAACAUCGUGACGCCAGGCGAGCAAUCCGCCCUCAUCUCGCUCAUGGCCUUUGAAACCGGCGACUUCAAAUAUGUCCGAAACCACUACCCUGCCCCUGGCAGACCUGGUCAAGGAUGUCGAAACAUGAUGAUGCCUGAAUUCGUCGCCGAGUACGCCAAGGCAAAGUAUCCUUCGAUCACGACCACUGAUCCUGGUGCCUUACUGAAUGAAGUGAUCAAGCAGGGCGGAGAGUGGGGCGCUGCAUCGUGGUUCUACACGACCAAGUGCUCGGACGCCGUUAAGCAGGGGUUGAAGAGUGGUUCAAAGGCUGGAUUUUCGGCUUUCAUUACAGAGUGUGUUGGAACCACUGCGACGGAUGAGCGACUUAAUAACUGGUCGGUUGCCGCGAAGGCUGUCGGCCUUGCGGGUGUCUAA